AUGAUUCCUUCAAAUCCAACAAGCCUGGGGAGCACUGCAUUCUUGAAUCCUGCAUUUUCACUCAAAAUGAUGGUGUGGGCACUUCUGUUCCUCUCUCUCAUCCAGUGUUCCACCCAAAAGGGAGAUGAUGAUUAUGAAGAUUACACUUCAAAUAAGACUUGGGUUUUGACUCCCAAGGUCCAUGAAAGUGAUGUCACUCUUAUUUUAAAUGGCUUGCUGGAAGGAUAUGACAACAAGUUGAGACCUGACAUAGGAGUUAAACCGACAGUAAUUCACACUGACAUGUACGUCAAUAGCAUUGGGCCAGUGAAUGCUAUCAAUAUGGAAUAUACAAUUGAUAUAUUUUUCGCCCAAACGUGGUAUGACAGACGUCUGAAGUUCAACAGCACCAUAAAAGUGCUCAGAUUAAACAGCAACAUGGUUGGGAAGAUCUGGAUACCGGAUACAUUUUUCCGAAAUUCCAAGAAAGCUGAUGCUCACUGGAUAACAACUCCUAAUAGGAUGCUCAGGAUUUGGAACGAUGGCAGAGUGCUGUACACAUUGAGGCUGACAAUUGAUGCUGAGUGUCAGCUACAGUUACACAACUUCCCAAUGGAUGCCCAUUCCUGCCCCCUGGAAUUUUCAAGCUAUGGCUACCCAAGGGAAGAGAUCAUUUACCAAUGGAAGCGCAGCUCUGUGGAGGUGGGGGACACCAGAUCCUGGAGGCUUUACCAGUUCUCCUUUACAGGAUUGAGAAAUACAACUGAGGUGGUGAAGACUACUUCAG